CGCGCUGCGAAGCGGCCAGUCAAGGCUUAGGUGCGUGGAUUCGGGCGGAGAAGAACUCGCUGUAAGGGUGAUCAGCAUCUGACCAAUAAGAAAGAUCGCUGGACAGAAUAAAAGAAAGAGCUUUCCUGAAUCAAGAAUGAUGGAUCCUUGUUCAGUGGGAGUCCAGCUUCGUACCACAAAUGAGUGCCAUAAGACCUACUAUACUCGCCACACUGGUUUUAAGACUCUGCAGGAAUUGUCAUCAAAUGACAUGCUUUUACUUCAACUUAGAACAGGAAUGACACUUUCUGGAAACAAUACAAUCUGCUUUCAUCAUGCAAAGAUUUACAUUGACAGAUUUGAAGAUUUGCAGAAGUCAUGUUGUGACCCUUUUAACAUUCAUAAAAAAUUAGCGAAAAAAAAUUUACAUGUGAUUGACUUAGAUGAUGCUACUUUUCUGAGUGCAAAAUUUGGAAGGCAGCUUGUUCCUGGUUGGAAGCUUUGUCCAAAAUGUACCCAGAUCAUCAACGGAAGUGUGGAUGUAGAGUCCGAAGACCGGCAGAGAAGGAAACCUGACUCAGAUGGAAGAACUGCUAAAGCUUUGAGGUCUUUACAGUUUGCAAACCCAGGCAAGCAGACCGAAUUUGCUCCAGAAACUGGUAAAAGAGAAAAAAGAAGACUUACCAAAAACACAUCUGUAGGUUCAGACAGACAAGUGAUACCAGCGAAGAGCAAGGUCUAUGACAGCCAGGGGCUCCUGAUUUUCAGCGGAAUGGACCUCUGUGACUGCCUGGACGAAGACUGCCUGGGAUGUUUUUACGCUUGUCCUGCCUGUGGGUCUACCAAAUGUGGUGCCGAAUGCCGCUGUGACCGCAAGUGGCUGUAUGAGCAAAUCGAGAUUGAAGGAGGGGAAAUCAUUCAUAAUAAGCAUGCUGGAUAAUUCGUGGUAUCAGACAAAAGGAUCUUUACAGGCUUUCGCUUAUAAAAUUCUGUCAUUCUAAGAUACGUUCUAACGUUGCUUGCCAAAUAACAGAAAUUUUAAAAAACCACCUCAGCCUGUUCUGACCUCACAUUUAGAAUGCUUUGGAAUAUUUUUUUUUUUCUGAUUUUAAAUUUAGGCAGAUACUGUUCAGCAGUCAGUUUUAAGUCUGUCUGGGUCAGUGUAAACUAGUGGGUUAUAGGAGGCAGCUCUUGAUUCACAAUUUCAAUGACGAUAAUAAAGUACUGCAGUCCCCAAACAGAACAGUUCAAAUCUCACUUAUCACCAUGUAUAAAUUCUGAGUAAUUAUAGGAAAUACUUUCCUGUUUCUUCUUCAGUCCAAAAUCCUCAGGAGUGAUCCCCUAAGAAAAUCAUAAUCUGAACCUAAGCUAUGAUGAAAUGAGUGGUUUGAGUUGGUUUGGUUUGGGUGCCACACCACGCUGUGCUCAGGGCUCACUCCUGACUGGCUCCAGGCACCAAUUCUGGUGCUGGGGAUCAAACCGCAGCAUCCCACUUGUAUGCAAAGCAAGUGCCAGCCCCGACUGUACUAUUUCUUCGACCACUGAAAUGGGUUUUUAAAUUAUACCUUUACCUUCCCUAU